AUGCAGCAGGAUCAACCCGAAAGGGACGGCGGCCAGCGUCCACCUCGUCGAGUUCACGUGUCCUCGCACCACUUAUUCCCAAACAAUGCCUUUGCCACUGGUAGUGCUGCCCGAGCGACGGGCGAGGCUGCGAGAGGCAAGGUCGAGACAGUCACCAGGAAGGACGCAACGCGCAAGCGGGCCGACGGUUUCGACCAGAAGGACAGCAAGACCCCCGGCAACCCGCGUAUGGCAGUCAAAGACCCCCGCUACCACCACCGUACCCAGGCAGACGAUGGUUACGAGAUGCGAGACGAUGCCAGUAGUCCUUAUGAAAAUGAUAGCCGGAACAUCAGCAAGGGUAGCUUCCAUCACAGGGAUGAAGAGAUUGAGACUACUAAACGCGUCCGUCGUUGGAUAAACGAGAUGCUGCUAGCUUACUAG